AUGACCCCGAGGCCCUUCACCUCCACGGACUUGGCCCGCUUCGCCUUGCCGCUGCUCUUCCUGGCGCUCUUGUCGAGCUUCGACGUGGCGGCCAGCUACAUGUACUCCCGAGGCACCAUCUCCUCCAGCCCACGGGUGGCUUAUGUGGGUGUGGCCUUGCAGAUCGCCCCAAUGCUGGUGCUACUCACCGCACCCCAGGAGCACAUGGACAGCGCCAACUCGAGCUCCAGCAGCGCAGUGCUGAAAGGCAUGUCCUUCGGUGAGGCGGCCUGCGGCCUGGACUUUUGGCUCCUUUGGCUGAUCCAGUUUGGCCUCUUUGGCGCUGGGGUGGCCACCAACCAAAACCUCGCCUUGAUCUUGGAGAGCGCCCACAACGUUUCCGCCGCAGGGCUGGGGGUCGCUUUGUUCGCGUUGAGCUCCUCGCUGUCCCGGGUGGUCACCGGCAUUUUGAGCGACAAGUACAAUGCGCACUUCAGUCGCUUCAAUUGGAUCACGUCCCUGACUUGUUUGGCUGCUUUGAGCCAGUUUCUCGUGAGCGCCAUGGACGUGUCCAGCAUUCUGCUCGGGACCUUGUUGAUGGGCCUCUCCUUUGGCUCCUUCUUCACCAUCAUAGUGCCCCUGGUCAACGAGAUGUACGGCGGGCUGCACUUCGGGAAGCUCUGGGGCACGCAGCUGGCCUCCCAGGCUGCGGCCGCUUUGUCCAUAUGCUGCGCCAUGAUGCCGUCCUUCUACCGCAAGGCGGCGGCCGGCGAGGAAGUUUGCUACGGGGUAUGGUGCUACAAGACGUCCUUCCUGCUGCUUGGAGCAUUGAACGCCAUCGGCUUUGCGGCCGCGGUUCUCUUGCAGGUGCGUCUGGCACAUCGUCAGGCCUGGGCGCCCGACGCGAGGAGCGAGACUCGCAUCACCUCCGUGGUGAUGGCUGCGCUCUUGCAAGACACAGAUAGCUGGGACCAGGCCACUCGCGUCGCCUAUGGCCGCUCUCUCCUUGUACCGCUGCGGGAGGAGCUGUGCAGGCCGACUGGGCAAGGCGUCAAGGUGGCGAAUAUCGAUGCAGCCUUUCUGAAGCAGGAGGCGCGGAGAUAUCCCUUGGCCUGCCUUGCCGCUUCCACUCUGUCGCUGGCGGCCGCCGGCUCAGCACCCAUCGAGCUUUUACCUAAAACGGCGAGGCCUUUUUCGAUGGGAGCUGAAAAGCGGAUCGUGCACUUGACAUACAAGCCGCUGGGAAAGUGUCUCGACCUGCGGGAAGCGAAGGGCACCGAGCAGCUGCAAGCUGUCCUUGCAGACUGUGACUUUGGCAGGCUGCUAAGCAGCCAGAUGUGGGUCGUUGAUCGCGACGAAGGCGUGAUCAGGAACAUCCUGCACCGGAACAAGUGCCUCUUCACUUUGCAGUUUCAUGAGCUUGCUCCCUUUGGAGCCUCGUCAUGCAAGCCUUUCAGCACAGGCGGCAUUUGGGGCUUCACGCAGCAGGGCCAGCUGGUCACACUCACAGAUGGUCAUGCAGCUUCGUCGUAUUGCGCGGUGCCAAGACCUGGGACGGAGGAGAACGCUGAGCGAGAGCUGGUGCUACAAGCGUGCCUCAGCGCAGCGAGCCCAACCACUCAGAACCAGUGGCUGCCCGUGGACGCCCUGGCCGUCGCGGGCAUCGCUGCCAUGAAGCGGCGCCGGCCUGGGGAGGCGAUCACGGCGGAAGCGAUGCGACGUAAGGCCGCAAUGAAGGACAGCGCAGGCGACCUGAUGACCUUGACAAACCUGGUUCACAUCAUCGACACCAUGAAGUCGACGCCGGAGCACUUUUGGUGGACCGUUCGCGGCAUGUUCUCUGCACUGUCACCGGACUGGGACAAGUGGGAGGAAGUCUUCUCGUUCGAACGCUUCCUCAUGCACUGGGGCGAUGACAGCGCAGUGCUGGGGACUUCGAUCGUGGUGAACCUGUUGUCCAACAUGGCCUUUGCAGGCAUGAACUUUAUCUAUGGCUCUACGGGCACGGACUUGUCCUUUUUCGACGGCAAGUGCCAGCUUCCCUUGCAGCUGUUUACGAAGCAGCAGCUCAUUUGCGACCCCUCGCCUGAUAGAAGAAGGCCGGGGUGCACCUUCCAGAUCCCAGACUACUUUGAGAGCACCAAGGUGGUGUCCCUCUCAGACUACGCUGCGUCCUGGACUGCGGGCCCCAUGUUUCGUAGUUUCGAGACGCUCUACACGGCUGCUGAGGCCCCGAGCUGGGAGGAUGGCCAUGGUCAGCAUGCCGUGAUGCGCAUGGCGGAGAAGGGCCUAGCGGCGGCGCGCGCGGCAGGCCUUGAUCCAAACAAAGCUGCAGCAGAUGUGGGCCCAGGCACGCGCUUUGCCUUCGACCUCGAGGGGCUGCUCACCGUGCUGCAAGAGGGCUUCUAUUGGUCAACCCUAUCCCACAAGAGCUAUGCCUCCAACGGGGCCUUCGGCGCCAGCACUUUGGAGGUUAUGCUGCAGGCCGGCGAUCGAGGGAGUGACGUGCUGAGCAUCCUGAUGUCUGAGUCUCAACUGGGCAUGCACCUCACGGUGGAUGGUUCUCUCCUCGUUGCGGACUUGACGGACCUCGAAAGGUACCAGCCGCUGCCCGGCUUCGCACCGCUCGGUGGCAAGGCCGUUUUCAGCGUGGAGGGCGCGAAGCUGAAGACGGUUCGGCUGGAGUACAACGGCACGGUGUACGACACCUCCCAGGACCCACUGGCAGAUGCCGUGUUCGAGCGGAGCGUGCUGAAAGGGCGGCUCUUUGCGGAGAAAGCCAUCAUCGCCUCUCUGCUGGCCAAGACGCAGUUGCUCGUCCAUGUGAGGACCAUCCACAUGGAGCUGGCGCCGACCCUUCAGGCCGUGACUUUGCGCGCGUUGAAAGGCUUCAAGCAGCAUCCUUUGCGCCAGUUUCUGGAGCCUUUCAUCACCCGCAACAUUCAGGCCACCAACAACAACCUCAAGCUUUGGUUCGAGUUCCGCGCAGCGGAGUUCGGCUUGGCGCCUCUCAGUGUGGAGGAGCAGAUGAAGCUUAUCGCAGCUGACUCGGAGAAGGCGCCUUUGAACCUGGCUGACAUGGACAUGGAGCACCUGGCGGAGGUUCGCGGGUGGGCUGCCUUGGGCUGGACACCGCGGUGGUACCAGCGCGCUCUGAAGGUCCAGAGGCUCUUUGACACCCUGAUCCGGGAGUGGGCGCAGGGAGCCUUCGAAGGAGAUGACCGCGACCUGCAGCAAGACGAGGGCGUGAACCAGUGGUGGGAGCAGAUCUUUGCCUUCAUGCCGUCGCUUCAGCUGGCGGCCAAAGGCUCUCAGGCUGUAGCUAUGGGCAGUUUCCUCGCGAGCGCUGAAUGCGCUGAUGCGGACGGCGCGGGCCCGGGCGCAAGUCCGGACGGCGGAAGCCCGGAUGUGCAGCAGGUUGUUUCUCCCCGGCAGACGGCCCUGGACUGCAAGCAGUUCCUGCGUGAGGCCAACGGCCGGCUCUCAGACUUCUAUGAGCGUGUGAGAGACCUUGGGGAGGGUGCCUUUGGUGAGGUGUUUCUGGCGCGGCAGCGCAUUUGUGCGGGCAGCGGGGCGGAGCGCCAGGGCCGGCUUUGCGCGGUCAAGCGGGUGCGGAAGCCAAACGUGGCAGCCGGCCUCGACGAGCCGGGCGCGGACUCGGAGGAAGCGCUCCAGGAAUUCCGCGUGGAGGUGGAGCUCAUGAAGUCCCUAGACCAUCCCUCUAUCUGCCGGCUCUUGCAGGUCUAUGAGGAUCCCAAGAACUUGUACCUGGUCAUGGAGCACAUCCCGGGGGGUGAGCUCUUCGACCACGUGGUGGACCGGGGGCAUUUGAGCGAGCACGAGGCAGCGCGGGUCAUACGUCAAGUGGCCUCGGCCUUGGCGUAUUGCCACCAGCAUGGGGUCGUGCAUCGUGACAUCAAGCCGGAAAACAUUUUGGUGGCGGCAGAGGAGGAGGAGACCUCUCCGUGA